AGCAUCUCCCGGGCUGCGGGCGCUGCCAGCGCUGCCGCCCGCCCCAGCCCAGCACCAGCCCCGCCGGGCGCACUGCGGAGGGACGGGACGGGGCAGUGCGGGGGUCCCCCCGCUGCCUCCCGCCGCCAUGGGCCCCACCGGGCUCGGCAUAACUUUCCUGACUCUGCCCCUCGUCGUGCGAGCGGCCACGGGAGGGCAGUGGUGUUACGACUCGCAGGACCCCCAGUGUGGGCCCAGCCACUGGAAGGAGCUGAAAGCCUCAUGUGAUGGCAACAAGCAGUCCCCUGUGAACAUCGACAGGCGUCGGCUGCAGCGGGACAGUGGCCUCGGGGACAUCCUCUUUGAGGGCUACGACCAGGCUCCCCCCGGCAAGUGGAAGCUGACAAACAAUGGGCACACAGUGAUGCUGAGCCUGGCGAGCGAGUCGGCCUCUGAGCACAUCACCAUCAGUGGUGGGGGCCUCCCCGGCAGGUACCGCGCACUCCAGCUCCAUUUCCACUGGGGCAGUCCAGCCGGGAAUGGCUCUGAGCACACCCUUGAUGGGCACCAGCUCCCUAUGGAGCUGCACAUCGUCCACAUGAAUGUCAAGUACCGGACACUGGCAGAGGCCAAGGGGCAUCCCAACGGGCUGGCUGUCCUUGGCUUCUUCUACCAGGUCUCUGAAACCCCUAACACGAACUACAACACCAUCGUGGUGGGGCUGAGAAACGUCUCCCAUGCUGGGGACUCCGUGGAUUUGGCCUCCACCUUCCGCCUGAGCACACUGCUGCCGCGGGCCGGCCGGCUCUCCGGGUACUACCGCUACCAGGGCUCCCUCACCACCCCCGACUGCAGCGAGGUCGUCGUCUGGACUGUCUUCGAGGAGCCAGUGGAGAUCGGCCGGGAGCAGCUGCAGGCGUUUGUCAGCACCCUCCACUUCCCACCCGACGGAUCCAGGCUCCUAAAAAUGAUCAACAACUUCCGCCCGCCACAGCCCCUCCACAGCCGGAAGGUCUUUGCCUCCCGGGGGGCCACGGCCAGUGGUGGCUCCCUGCAUGGGGGCCACCACGAGCUCCUCUCAUCCCUGCUCCUCCUGGCCCUGCUCAGCCUCUUCUCACCAGCCCCGUAGGGUCUGGUCCAGCCUGUCACCAGUCUCCACAUG